UUUAAAGCAUGAACCUUGAACGAGGGGCAAAGUGUGAUGACCAAGAUAGAAAAGUUCAAAUAGCGUCUGUCUUAUGCAUCUCGUUAAUAGCAAGAAGACACGAAAUAGUGGAUUUGAUAGUUGAUUCUCACUAGGAAUACAGGUACAAGAUCGUCUCAUUGUCCUAUCUCAUCGUUUGUGAGACGCACAACCUUGCUAACAGCAAUGAAAAUGGUUUCUCCGCGAAGUCUAUUGCAGCUACGCAGCUUUUGUCGUUCCCAAAGUUCCGGCAAAUUUCUGGCACCAGCCGAAACUGUUUCAAGUGGCAGGAGAGAAUACUCAUCGAAAGAAAGUUUAGUUUCCGUUGCUGUCAACGACAAAACUGGUGUUGCCACUGUCACAAUGGGGAGGCCUCCGGUGAAUGGCUUGAAUUUAGAACUGAUCCAAGAACUGACUAGCACUUUAGAGUCUCUAGAGAAAAAUAAAUCGAGAGGCAUGAUUCUCACUUCAGCUUUCCCCACAGUUUUCAGUGCUGGUUUGGAUAUUAUGGAAAUGUACAGGCCAAAAGCAGAUAGAGUGAGAGCAUUCUGGACGGCACUGCAAGACAUGUGGCUGAAACUUUAUAGUACUCCGUACCCAACUGUUGCUGCUAUAAAUGGUCAUAGCCCAGCUGGUGGUUGCUUGUUGUCAGUAAGUUGUGAAUAUCGUGUGAUGGUUGGACCAAAAUUCACUAUUGGGUUAAAUGAAACACAACUUGGAAUUGUUGCACCCACAUGGUUUCAGUUAUCAUUUAGAAAUGUUGUUAAACAUCGUGAUGCAGAAGUGGCUUUGACUCUGGGAAAAAUGUUCACCACAGAAGAGGCAUUAAAGAUUGGUCUUAUAGAUGAAGUCGCCUCAGAUGCUAAAGAUGCCAUUGGAAAAGCAGAAAAAUUUAUAGGACAAUUUGCCAAAAUUUCACCUGUGGCACGAAGCAUGACCAAGGUUCAGUACAGAGCAGAAACAAUUAAUUGGCUAGUGAAGAACAAAGAAUCAGACUUAAAUCAGUUCUUGACAUUUGUAAAUGAUCCUAAAGUGCAAAAGGGACUCGAGCUUUAUAUGGAGUCACUGAAGAAGAAGUAAACUUCCUUUGCAAUUUGCGCUUUUCCUACAAAUGAUGACUUUGAUAACUGCAAAGGUAUCACUGUCAAAAAGAAGCAGGGUAGCAGAAGACCUGCAGAUUAUUACACCGUGAAGCUUAUAAGCUGUGGUCUCCUGCACAUAUUUGCCUUUUUGCAAGUACACAAAAGCUUGCACCUGUAUUUUUUUAGAAGUAAUUUUGAAGAUACCAUAGUAUAAACCUGCUGGAAAGUGUUAUUGUAUUUUUAGAACAUUUGUUGCAUUUGUAAUUUUAUACUGCAUAUACAUGUUGUCAAUAAAAUAUUGAUAUUGCCGUAACAAAGAUGCACAAUCAGAAAAUACACACAGACCCUUUAUUGCAUAGAACCUAAAGGAAAAAUGUGUGUAUUCAAAGUUAUGUUUAGUUGCGUUCAACAUCAGUUUUAGAAAAGUGUAACAAUGAUAGAACUACAGCAAACCUAGACAAAAGGACAUUAUACUGCAAAGAUUUUUUCAGUUCCAUUAAAUACUAAGUGCAUUUCUUCAAUGACAAUUAUUUAGCCUUUUGCAUAGUGCAGAUGUAGUUGUAUCAGUUAAUCAGUGAAAUAACGUAUUUUUGAAAAUGUUCAGUGACAUUUUUAGAACUUUAAUUUGAAACAAAUUCUUUGGUAACAGUUCCGGUCUUGUAUCUAUUUUUGCCGUGGUUGGUGUAAAAAUAAAGGAUUAUGACUAUUAAUCACUGGAAAAUGAAA